UUCAUUGUAAAGUUCAUCACUUUCAUCGCAUCAUGUAUAUUCUACGUAAUAAAUACACACAAUAAAAGAUAAUUUGUUUAUCUGUAUAAUAAUAGAUAGAUAUCUGGGAGAAGAGGACCCGUUUUGGAGGAGAGGGAAGAAAGAAGAAGAGAUCUCAUUUUGUUGCCCCGCUCUCUCUCUCUCUCUCUCUCUCUCUCUCUCAUCCUCGAUAUCCUCGCCCUAAAUCCCACACAAACCCUAGAUUCCGUUCAAGGGAGCUCAGUACAUAGCUCUCAUGAAAGUGUUCUGCUCCAUUUCUAAAGCACUCUCAAAGCUUUGAUCUGUUUGGAGUUCAUCGGAGCCUCCUCUUCAUUAAGAUGUAUUGGACUCGGGAACUCACAUCGGAGAAACUUCAGUCUUAAGGCAUUGAUGGACUCAAUAUUCGAGAUAAUUACUCUUUGAAAACUACCUGUGUUGUUCUUUUAGCUUCUCAGUUGUUGUGGGCUGAAACAUUGAUUCUUAUAUGGAAGCCAGGAGGAAGAAGGAAAUGGACAGUGAGGAGAAGCCCCAAGAGGCCCGUUUCUCUCUCUUCCCUGAUGAAGUUCUAGAACGCAUUCUCUCCUUUGUCAAUUCCCGUAAUGAUCGCAGUGCAGUGUCUUUGGUCUGCAAGGAUUGGUACACUGCAGAAAGAUGGAGCCGAACCCAUAUCUUUAUUGGCAACUGUUAUUCAGUAUCACCGGAGAUUGUUGCACGUAGGUUUCCAAAUAUUCGGAGUUUCACUAUUAAAGGGAAGCCUAGGUUUUCAGAUUUCAAUCUCGUUCCUCCUAACUGGGGAGCUGAUAUCCACCCCUGGCUUGUGGCUUUUGCUUCAGCUUAUCCCUUUCUUGAGGAGCUCCGGCUUAAGAGAAUGAGUGUUUCUGAUGAGAGCCUUGAUUUCUUGGCUCGUUCAUUUCCAGGGUUUAAAGCUCUGUCACUUGUUACCUGUGAUGGGUUCAGCACCAAGGGUCUUGGCUCCAUCGCGAGUGGUUGCAGGAACUUGACUGAGCUAGACAUACAGGAAAGUGUGAUCGAUGAUCUUGGUGGUAGCUGGUUAAAUCGCUUUCCUGAAAGUUUUACAUCCCUGGAAGUGCUUAAUUUUGCUAAUCUGAAUUCGGAAGUUAAUUUUGAUGCAUUGGAAAGGCUUGUGGCAAGAUGCAAAUCGCUUAAAGUCCUAAAAGUGAAUAGGAAUGUCACACUGGAACAACUUCGGAGAUUGCUGGUGAGAGCUCCACAGCUUAUAGAGCUGGGAACUGGUUCAUUCUCGCAAGAUCAAGCUCUUCCAGCAGAUGCUCAGCUGGAAACUGCAUUUGGUAACUGCAAAAACUUGAAUACUCUUUCAGGUUUUUGGGUGGUUUCCUCGCUUUAUCUUCCGGUAUUGUAUCCUGCCUGUGCCAAUCUGUCAUUUUUGAAUUUGAGCUAUGCACCUCUGCAAAGCACGGAACUCGCGAUGCUUCUUCCUCACUGUCCUCUUCUUCGACGACUUUGGGUUCUAGACACCGUAGAGGACAAAGGACUAGAAGCUGUGGGGGCCAGCUGUCAUCUUCUUGAAGAACUCCGGGUAUUUCCGGCUGACCCAUUUGACCAAGAUGUCCUCUUGGAUGCUGGUGGCAAUGGUGUUACUGAAUCUGGUUUUGUCGCUGUUUCAGAGGGAUGUCCAAAACUUCACUAUGUAUUAUAUUUCUGCCGUCAGAUGACUAAUGCUGCUGUAGCAAUUGUAGCUCAUAACUGUCCCAAUUUUACCCACUUCCGCCUUUGUAUAAUGAGCACACGCGAGCCAGAUUACCUCACCAAUCAGCCAAUGGAUGAAGCAUUUGGUGCAGUUGUCAAGACAUGUACUAAACUUCGAAGACUUUCUGUUUCUGGUCUUCUCACAGAUCUAGCCUUUGAGUACAUUGGAACAUAUGCUAAAAACCUUGAGGCCUUGUCAGUUGCUUUUGCUGGAAGCAGUGACAAGGGAAUGCAGUUUGUGUUGAAGGGAUGCCCGAAGUUAAGAAAGCUGGAAAUAAGAGAUUGUCCAUUUGGAAAUGCAGCAUUGCUUUCAGGGAUUGAGAGGUAUGAGUCCAUGAGGUCUCUUUGGAUGUCAGCUUGCAAUGUGACAAUGAAUGGCUGUCGAUUACUAGCAAGGGAGAUGCCUAGGUUGAAUGUGGAGGUUAUCAAGGAGAAUGACAGCGAUGGAAUCCAGGAGGGGAGAGUUGAUGAUGUGGAUGCUGAGAAAGUUUAUGUGUACCGCUCUGUAGCCGGGGCAAGGAGGGAUGCUCCUCCUUUUGUCGUCACCCUCUGAUGGUUCUUUACCUUCAAGCUCUCGGUUUGUCAGAGGUUCUUCUCUUUAAUGAAAACAAAUCAGAGGCAGAGGGAAAACUGUGAUUCAUGAAUGUGAACCAUGAAUUGCAUUCCUUGUCACAUUACAAUUCCUCCCCAUCCGCACAUCAACUCCAUGGAAAAAAGAGAGCCAGAUGAAGCAUCAGGAGUUGCUGCGCCCCAAAACAGCAAGAUUGCAAGGCUUUGUACGUGAAAGUAGAUGGAGCAGCCCAAAUAAUGCGUGCAAUCUCAAUUGCGUAUCACAACUGCUUCAUACUGCAUACUGCUUCAUACCGCAUGAAGCAUUCUUUCUCGAUGAAGUGGGCUUUCCUUGCAAAACUGAGGGCAUCCGUCUCCAUUGCCUGCAGCAUGCCAGUGUCACCUAUGAUUGAUUUGCUCUCCGGUAUCCUUAAGCUUUCUUUGCUCCAAUCUCCAGGACUUCAAUUCUCCUGGCGAAGCUAAGAGGGAUGCGAGUGUGGCUGAAAAGAGGUCUCUUGCUUAUACUGAUCAUGUACGGAGCUUGUGGUUAAUAUCCAGACCUUAGGAGUUUGUAAUGUAUUUUAAUGCUACUCUUUGUUUAUAAUGGAGGAGGUUGGGUGAGUUGAAUGAGCAAGGUUGAUUCUAAUUUGACCCAUUUCUCUUGGGAAAUCUCUUGAUUAAGUGAAUAAAAGAUGAGUACUAUUCUAAUA